UUGCCAACAGCUAAAGCGCUCCAUUAACUUCGUCUUCUUCUCUCUCUCUCUCUCUAAAAAAAGAAAAAAAAAAGAAGCAGAAAAACAAAAGUUAAAUAAAAUAAAUAAAAAUGUAAAAAUAUAUCGAAGUUUGUUCGCACGCCCAUCUUCCAAACAGAGACGUAAGUCUCUCUCUCUCUCUAGAAUUUCCUUCCUCCACAAAUUCAGUCAUUUUCCAACUUAAUUCUUCCCUUAUAUUCUGUUUUUCAAUCCCCAAACUCUCUAUCUGUUUCUCUGAUUACGCUUUUUGGUUUGUUCCUAAAUUUCCUCUCUCUCUCUCUCUCUCUGAAUUCCUAUAAAUUCACUUUUUUCUUCUUCUUCUUCUUCAGCAAACCUGACAUGCUUAAACCUAUUUGUGUUUUUCCUGUUUUCCUGAAAAGCAAUUCAAUUCCGUGAAAUCAAUUUUCCUCUGUUCUGCUCCAAAAGUUUGAGAACUUGUGCGAGGAAACUGUUGAUUUUUCUGUGAAGAUUGUGUUUUUCGUCAUUUUUGUCAAAUUUUAGCAGCUGGGUAUUUGGAGAGUUGGCGUAAAACCAUGUCGCAAGCUCUGAUCGACCCGGCAUUGCCGGAUUCGUCGACUUCGAGCGCUGGCUCUGUUUCCGGGAGAUCUGUGGAUGAGAAUCGGCCAUUCUCGCAUCUUAGAGGCGUGCAGUGGCGUAUAAAUCUUGGGAUUUUGCCCUCUUCUUCUUCCUCUUCCAUUGAUGAUCUCCGUCGGGUCACCGCUGAUUUUCGGAGGAGAUAUGCUGGUUUGAGAAGGCGCCUCCUAGUUGAUCCACAUAUUCCGAAGGAUGGAAGUAAUUCUCCUAAUCUUGUCAUGGACAAUCCACUCUCACAAAACCCAGAUAGCACCUGGGGUCGUUUCUUUCGAAGUGCUGAGCUGGAGAAAAUGGUUGACCAGGAUUUGUCACGUUUAUAUCCAGAACAUGGGAGCUAUUUCCAGACACCUGGAUGCCAAGGCAUGUUGAGACGAAUUUUGUUAUUGUGGUGCCUUAGACAUCCAGAGCAUGGUUACAGACAAGGAAUGCAUGAACUAUUGGCUCCUCUGUUGUACGUUCUUCAAGUUGAUGUGGAGCGGCUUUCUCAAGUUCGAAAGCUUUAUGAAGAUCACUUCACUGACAAAUUUGAUGGCCUAUCAGUUCAUGAUAGUGAUCUUACAUAUAAUUUUGAUUUUAAAAAAUCUCCAGAUAAUAUGGAGGAUGAGAAUGGGUCCCAUGGAAAUGUGAUGGGAGUUAAGAGUCUUGAUGAGCUUGAUCUUGAGAUACAGACCAUUGUGCUGCUGAGCGAUGCUUAUGGGGCUGAAGGUGAACUGGGUAUUGUCUUAUCUGAGAAAUUUAUGGAACAUGAUGCAUAUUGCAUGUUUGAUGCUUUGAUGAGUGGGUCCUGUGGUUCGGUCGCAAUGGCAGAUUUCUUCUCUCCCACACCUGCAGGUGGGUCCCACUCUGGCUUACCUCCUGUCCUCGAAGCAUCUGCUGCACUAUAUCACCUGCUAUCUCUUGUUGACUUGUCUCUGCACAGCCACCUUGUUGAGCUUGGGGUUGAACCCCAGUACUUUGCACUUCGCUGGUUACGGGUAUUAUUUGGACGUGAAUUUUCACUUGAAGACCUAUUGAUAGUCUGGGAUGAGAUAUUUGCAUCAGACAAUAGUAAAUUAGACAAAGGUGCUGAAGAUGACAUUGGGUCCAGCUUCGGAGUCCUUAAUUCACCUCGGGGAGCAUUUAUAUCAGCUAUGGCUGUUUCAAUGCUACUUUAUUUGAGAUCUACCCUGCUUGCCACUGAACAUGCUACUUCCUGUCUUCAGAGAUUGUUAAACUUUCCUGAGAAUGUAAAUUUAAAGAAACUGAUGGAAAAGGCGAAGUCCUUGCAGGCUCUUGCACUGAGUACUAAUCUCUCAUCCGUAUCUCCUUCAUUUGGUGGAGCUUUUAACCAGAGUAAAUCAGCAAUUGUAAGAGGUCACAGCCUAUCAUCUGGUUCUGUUUCUCCAAAAACUCCUUUAAAUAUGGUUCCUGAGAGCUACUGGGAAGAGAAGUGGAGAGUUCUACACAAGGCUGAAGAACUUGGGCAAGGUGAUUUAAAGAAACGAGUUCCAACUCCAAAAAGAGGGUGGGCAGAAAAAGUAAAAUUGCGUCUUUCCAGAACAGGAUCAUCUCCAGCAAAAGUUGAGGGUGGCAAAAAGGACAGCAAGCCAACUGUUAGGCGAAGUUUGCUGGAAGAUCUCUCGAGAGAACUUGGCUCAGAUGAAGACAUUGAGCAAGUACGCUGUGAUGAUGGUUUAAGCAAGAAGGACAAUCUCUCUGUACAAGUUGAGGUGGAGGGACAAGAAGCUGUGGAGAAGGAAAUUACUUGCAGUGCUGAGGGGAGAUGUUUGAGUGGGAAUGCUGGCAGUGAAGAAAACUCAUCUAUAUAUUCAGUCCCAACAAGUCCUCUAAGUGGGGCUAAUGACCAUGAAAAUGACUCUGAGAAAAGUAGUGUUGCAUCAAAUUUGUCCCUCGAUGAAAGUGAUGAUCACUCAAGGACUAUUCCAUAUGAAAGUGAUGAUCAUUUGAGGACUAUCCCAGAUGAAAAUGAUGAUCAUUCGAGGACUAUCCCAGAUGAAAGUGAUGAUCAUUCGAGGAAUAUCCCAGAUGAAUCACCUCUUCCAGUUUCUGAUCUACCUGAGGAUGUAUGCCAAAAGUCUGGGUAUGACAAUGAUUCUGUUGGAAAUUCAGCAACAGGAUUAAAAGAGCGAAAGCUUCUUUCAGGUAAAUUCCCGUGGUUUUGGAAAUUUGGGAGGAAUGCUUCUGGUGAGGGUACAUCUGAGAAAGGAGGUACCCCUGAGGCUACAAAGUCUGCCAGCAGUGCAAACGACCAAGACGAUAUUGCUGAUUCUCCUGCUGCAAAUGCUUCUUGCAACUCUUCUGCUAGCUGCAAAGAAGAUGCUAUGGACCAGAAUGUGAUGGGUACUUUGAGGAAUCUUGGGCAGUCUAUGCUUGAACAUAUUCAGGUAAUUGAGUCCGUUUUCCAGCAAGAUCGAGGUCAGGUGGGAUCAUUGGAGAACUUCUCUAAAAAUGGUUUAGUUGGAAAAGGACAAGUCACAGCCAUAACAGCUCUGACAGAGCUACGGAAAAUCAGCAAUCUUUUAUCUGAGAUGUGAGGCAGGGGACGUGGGCCCUUACUUCAAUCUGAGAGAGGGGGUUGCUGGACUCAUAUGCAGUGGAGCAACAAUAUGCUAUAACAGCCAUUUCCUAACUAUCAAAAAUUAACUGUCUUAAUUAUCUUUUUUGAUAGCGUUGGCACAAUAACUUAUAAGUAGGGCUGCCCGUUUUUGACAUGACUAAAUACGAUGAGAAUCUAACACGAAAUUAGCGAAUUAUGAUUCAGAGGUC